GGUGGCUUCGUCUCCAACACGGCGACGCAUUAACCCCACCGAUUCCGACGACCAAUUCCCCCGGUCCCCACUUUUUUCUGGCGGACCCUGCACGCUUCCGCAGCCGCGUCGGCCACCGCGAUCCCACCCCACGAGACCCAACACCGCAACUUCCCCGGCGUCGUGUAUGCGCAUACGCCGGCCGUGAUCUGAUCGGCGAAGGCGAAGCCCAUGGCGGAGCCGACCCUCCACGCGCCGGCCGCGCCGGACCCCUUCGCGGACCUCCCCUUCCCCGAAUUUCAGGCGCCCGUUGACGGCGACGACUUCGCCUUCGAGGACUUCGAUCUGGAGGAUCUCGACCUCGACGUCGACUUCGACCUCGACCUCUUCGCCUCGGAUGGGCAACUCUCGCAGCCGCCGCCGCUCGCGACGUCGUCUUCCUCGGCCGGAUCUCCGGAGGGGGGAUCGUCCUCUUCCGGCGGCGGCGGGGACGGCGGGGUGAGGAACGAGGAGUCCUCGGAGUCGUCUUCGAGGAGCGCGAGCGGUACGGACGGCAUCGGCAAGGGGAAGGGGGAGGAGGACGAAGCGAAGCGGCGCGCGCGGCUGGUGCGCAACCGCGAGAGCGCGCACCUGUCGCGGCAGAGGAAGAAGCAGUACGUGGAGGAGCUGGAGGGUAAGGUGAAGGCCAUGCAGGCCACCAUCGCCGACCUCUCCACCAGGAUCUCCUGCAUCACCGCCGAGAACGCCGCUCUCAAGCAGCAGCUGGGUGGUGCCGCCGGAGCCGCCCCGCCGCCGCCGAUGCCGAUGUACCCCGCCGUGUACCCUUUGCCGAUGCCAUGGAUGCACCCGGCGUAUGCCAUUCGUGGAUCGCAGGUACCACUCGUGCCAAUCCCUCGGCUAAAACCCCAGCAGCCAGCACCUGCUGCAGCAGAGCCACCUUCCAAGAAGGCUAGGAAGACCAAGAAGGUUGCAAGUGUCAGCCUCCUGGGAUUGCUGUGCCUUGUGAUGCUUUGUGGGUGUUUAAUUCCUGCAGUAAAUCGGAUGAAUGGCUCAGUUGAUGCCGGAGAAGGUGCUGGAUUUGGUCCAUCUCAUCAUGGGAGGGUUCUGGCUGUUGAGGGUCCUCGUGAUAGUGUCUCUGAUAGUAUUGAUCCAAAGCCACCACAGGCUUCGAGUGAGACACUUCCAGCACUGUUGUAUCUACCGAAGAAUGGGAAGCAUGUCAAGAUCAAUGGGAAUCUUGUUAUUAAGUCCAUUGUUGCAAGUGAGAAAGCUUCUUCGCGAAUGUCUGGCUAUGAUGGGAAGAGUCCUCGAAACCAAGGAAAGGAAGAAACUAGCUUGGCAAUUCCUGGCUAUGUGGCUCCAUUGGAAGCUGGAGAGGUCAUGGAAUCAACUACAGGAAUGAAAAAUAAACUGAUGGCUUUGGCUCCCACAGAUGGAAACAUGUAUAGGGAGGAUGAUGGAUUACUGCCGCAGUGGUUUAGUGAAGCAAUGUCUGGUCCCUUGCUGAGCUCAGGAAUGUGCACUGAAGUUUUCCAGUUUGAUGUAUCUCCAUCCUCUGCACAUGCAAAUGGCAUCGUUCCUGUCUACUCCAAUGCCAUGUCAAACUCGUCACAGAAUUUUACAGAAAAUCUUCCUUCUCGUCCUCACACAGUGAAGAACAGAAGGAUUUCAUACUCCGAGGCCAUUCCUCUAAGAGGUUCAAAAUCCAAUGACACCGAUCACCUCAAAACGACACCGAAGAAUGAGAGCUUUGGCAGUACGAAGCCUGUUUCAUCAGUGGUCGUCUCUGUGCUAGCCGAUCCAAGAGAAGCUGGUGAUGGGAACGGCGAGGGGAGGAUCUCUUCUAAAUCUUUGUCCCGUAUCUUCGUAGUCGUUCUUAUAGAUAGUGUAAAGCUUGCAAGCAUGUAUAUCCGAGUGAAGCGCAACAAGAGUACCUACUUCAUUCAAUGUGAACCAACAGAGACAACUUUGAGCAUCAAACAGAAGUUGCAUUUGCUAAUAGAUCAGCCUCCUAGUAAUCAGCAGUUGGUCUUGUUGGCUAACAAUGAUGUGCUGGAAGACUCAAAGACAUUGGCGGACCAAAAGGUGGAAAAUGAUUCCGUUGUUGCAUUGGCACUGAGAAAAGAUGAUGAUGAUUUUGAGGAAGUUUUCAUCGCCAGGCCAGAGGAUUUCAUGUCAUCAUCGUGAUGAAGAUCAGUUCAUCAUAUCUACAGGGGGACCAGGGUGCUUUCUCCGAGCGGAUCCUGCUGCUUGCUCUAUGUUGGUCCCUCUAGGAUGUGGGAUGUAGCUCAGUUGUCCCUCUGGGAAGAAAGAUAAAACGUUAUAAAGAUCCCAUACAACCAUCGCGGAUGGCAUUAAGCUUUGAUUUUGACGCACCAACUGAUUCCGUGCACUCGUACCUAAUUGUGUCAGUCCUGAUGUUGGGAUCAAACACACCUAAUUGUCCUUUUGUACCAGCUCUGGCAUGUGAGAUCCAUCUGUGCCCCCAUCACCUAA